CCAGACAUACAAGCCCAGACUGCAGAGAUGUCUAUAUAUCGGGAGUUAGUGAAGGGAUCCGGUCAGGAGAUAUCAAGGAAAGAGCAAUGUGGAUGUGGCACCGGCCCUGGGUAUGCAACACCUCUGGACGCCAUGAAAGGUCCCAGGGAGAGAAUCAUCUACGUUCCUUGCGUCUUAACCGGCACCGGCCUCCAAGCACCUGACUACCUGGCCACAGUAGAUGUGGAUCCACAAUCUCCUUGUUACUCCCAGGUGAUCCACCGCCUGCCCAUGCCUUACAUCGACGAUGAGCUCCACCACAGCGGGUGGAAUGCCUGCAGCAGCUGCUUUGGGGACACCACCAAGAAGCGGAACCGGCUGAUCUUCCCUUGUCUUGGAUCCUCUCGCAUUUACGUGGUGGAUACGGGGACCGACCAGCGAGCUCCCAGAUUGUAUAAGGUGAUUGAACCGAGGGAAGUUUUCCAGAAAUGUGACCUGGCUUACCUACAUACCUCUCACUGCCUGGGCAGCGGGGAAGUCAUGAUCAGUGCAAUAGGGGACCCGCGUGGCAAUGCAAAAGGUGGCUUCGUCCUUCUGGAUGCAGAAACCUUUGAAGUGAAGGGGACCUGGGAGAGACCCAGUCAAGCAGCCCCCAAAGGGUACGAUUUCUGGUACCAGCCAAGGCACAACGUCAUGAUCAGCACUGAAUGGGGAGUGCCCAAAUUCUUUGUUAACGGGUUCAACCCAGCGGACAUAGGGAAAGGGAUUUAUGGCCGUGCCUUGAAUGUCUGGGACUGGACAACCCACUGCCUUGUCAAGUCGAUUGAUUUAGGGGCGGAUUCUGUCCCGUUCGAAAUCCGGUUCCUGCACAAUCCCAACGCUGCGCAUGGAAUGGUGUGCUGCGCUCUGCAGAGCUCCAUCCAUCACUUCUUCAAGACAGAGGAUGGAUGUUGGACCGCAGAGAAAGUGAUCCAGGUUCCAGACAAGAAAGUAUCGGGAUGGCUGUUGCCUGAAAUGCCAGCGUUGUCCACUGACAUUCUCAUUUCACUGGAUGACCGAUUCCUGUACAUGAGCAACUUCAUACACGGCGACGUCCGUCAGUAUGACAUCACUAACCCUCACUGCCCCAGGCUGGUUGGUCAGGUGUUUUUGGGCGGCAGCAUCACCAAAGGCGGAGUGGUCACCGUCCUUGAAGACCAAGAGCUGAACUGCCAACCUGAUCCUUUCGUAAUCCAAGGAAGGAGAGUCUUUGGGGGACCCCAAAUGCUUCAGCUCAGCUUGGAUGGCAAGAGACUUUAUGUUACCAAUAACUUGUACACUCCUUGGGACAAGCAGUUUUACCCUGACCUGGUCAGGGAAGGUUCCGUCAUGAUACAGAUCAACGUGGACACUGAACAGGGGGGCCUGUGUGUGAACGAGGACUUCCUGGUGGAUUUUGGGAAGGAACCCUAUGGGCCUGCCCGUGCUCACGAGAUGCGCUAUCCCGGGGGAGACUGCACCUCGGAUAUCUGGGUUUAGUGGUGGGGGGGAGGUACUCCAAGCCUACUCCUACACAAACUUUGUGGUGUGUAUGCUGAAGGCAUGCACACAGUGACCUUGUUGCUUAGGGUUCUUCUCUGCAAAUCAGUUUGUUUGUAUGUACAUUUGAGUGCUAAUUCAGAGCAAGGAUGCUGUCUCCUCCAGCGCCUGGUUUCUCGAAGGAGUCAACUGACUCCAUUAAGACUGUGAGGAUUUGGCUGCACCUUCUUUCCUUUGGUCCUCCAAAGGUGCCUCUGCUCACCUUUCGACACCAUUGCUGAAAUCCGGGGAGAGGAAUAAUUCAGUUUACAUCCCUGGCACAGCCACGUUGUCAGGAUGUAAGAGAGAGAUGAGCCUCCAUUUCUCUGGCUUUUCCCUCUCCUGGUCAAGGGUUCCUAGUUCGAUACAAGCUAGCUUUAAGGCAAUUCAAAUGUGGCUUCCUUGGAAUGUGAAAAAAUGAGCUUGAGUGGCAGAUGUAAAGCAAGUAAAGCCAGAGCAAUAAAAAGUUUUCUUUA